AUGCUGUAUGUGAAAUAUGGUGCAAAUGACGUUGUCGGAGCUAGUAUAAAAUGUAACUGUGGUCGACUGAUUAUUUUCACGAUGAAAGAUGAAAAUUUUCCAUUGUCCAAUUAUCGAAAACAUCUUUGUACGAAAGGUUGUACUUUUAUGAAUUUAUUAAAGAAAAAAUAUGGAGAAGGAAAGAAAUUGAAACUUCAACAAGCAGUAUAUGGUUUAACGUCGUUAAACUCGGUGGUACCAGCUUUAGCGAUAGCAUCGCAACAACAGAAGGAUGUACUACAAGUAUCUACUGAUUUUUUAACAGUUUGUUGUCGCCUUGGGAUUCAAUUACUUUAG